UUGGGGUCAUUAGUGUGUAGCAACCGACGCAGUAGUAGACUAGUAGUAGUUGGAACUUGAAAGUGAAGAGUAGUCCUUAGUCCGUGGAAGUGGGGAUUGAUAGAUAGAUAGAUAGAUAGAUUGAUUGAUUGGAUUUGAAGUCUGAAGGCAAAGUUGUAAGGGUUUGGUUGGGUUCAUCUUACAUGAUUGAGUAAGUAGCUGCUUAUUUAUAUCUUAGCUUCUCUUAGUGUUUGGUUGGUGAUUACUGAUUUAGGUAAGCCGGAAAGAAUGGCGUCGGGCAGAUACAUGUCAUAUUCUCCGUCACCGUCAACAACUCCUCACUCUCCUCACAUCGCUGGUCUUCGCUCUGCCUCCUCCACUCUCGCUGAUCAAGAGAAAUACCUUUCAGAGUUGUUGGCUGAACGUCAGAAAAUCGGUCCUUUUUUGCCCGUGCUUCCCUACUGUUACCGUUUAUUGAAUCAGGAAAUAUUGCGUGUAACUACACUGUUGGGGAAUGCUUCAAUAUUAGAUCAAUCUGGGCUUGAACAUGCUAGGCCUCUGCCUUCUGGAGGAAUAUAUUCAAAUGGAGGAGCAGAUAUGAAUGGAUGGGCAUCACCUUUCCAAUCAGAAAUGUCUGGUCUUUUACACCAGUCUUCAGCUCAGAACUGGCUUGGUUCUCAUGGUAACUCGUCAGGCCUUAUCGUGAAGAGGACUAUCAGGGUGGACAUUCCUGUUGACAACUAUCCCAAUUACAACUUUGUCGGGCGACUGCUUGGCCCGAGAGGAAACUCUCUCAAGCGUGUUGAAGCUACUACUGAUUGUCGUGUUCUUAUCAGAGGACGUGGCAGCAUCAAGGAUCCGGCAAAGGAGGAUAUGAUGCGGGGAAAACCAGGGUAUGAACAUCUUAAUGAACCCCUUCACAUACUUGUAGAGGCAGAAUUGCCUGUAGAAAUAAUUGAUGCCCGCCUGAUGCAAGCACGUGAGAUACUUGAGGAUCUGCUCAAGCCUGUGGAUGAGUCUCAAGACUUCUUCAAAAAACAGCAGUUGCGAGAGUUAGCUAUGCUAAACGGUACACUUCGUGAAGAUGGUUCUCACAUGUCUGGUUCUGUAUCUCCCUUUCACAACAGCCUAGGGAUGAAGAGGGCCAAGACUCGGGGGUGAUAAAUUAUGGUGGGGUUCUGGAGAAUUAUUUGCUAUGAAGGGUAAACUGGACAUUCCCAUGCUACCGGUGCUGAUGUACCUGCCACAGUGCUUCUGAAGUCCCAACUGCCAUCGGGGCACUGGUGCAAUUAGUGUGCCAGUUCUAUUUUUAAUGUAAUGGUAAAUCAAGCAUGUUUAGCAUAUAGUCUGGGUGGUUGAGGUCAUAAUAGCUUAUAUUCUGGAAUGACCAGUUGAGUUUAGAUGGCUUGCGUUUGUAUGCUUCUUUAGGCUAGUUAGAAAUCUGCCUUUCAGUCAUGUAUUAUGGAGAUUUUUUUUUUUUUUUUUAAUUUAUUUUUUAUAUUUUUUUACUGAUAUUGUGAAAGUUUUGGUAGGUUAAUGGUAGCUAUCAUUAUAUGGUGUGCUUACAGUGGAGAGCAGAAGCACUACCCAUAUAGAUGGGUUUGAAUGUCUAGUAGCAGUUGUAGACUUGAAUGGAUUGAUUUAUGAAAAAAUUUCAAGUUUGAUAAUAGAUUUGGGAUCUUACCUGUUGUAUA